UUCCUCUCCUUUUCCAGGCCAGAGAGCCGCGUGAAGCCUGGGAGCGAAGCCUGGGAGCGAAGCCUGGGAGCGAAGCCUCAGGCCAGCAGGAGUGAACGACUAAACUCUAGCGAGGGAAGGAGCUUCCAGCGACGUUCUUUUCUCCAUUUUUUUUGUGCGAAGGAAAGGCCUUUCGCGUGUCGUGGGAGGUGUUAUUGCAAGCGACGAGAGUCAAGAACUUCAUGUGUGGAGUUUCUGAAAGUCAGAUGUGUCAAGGGGAUUCUUUAUUCCUCUUUUUAAGUAUACGGAGGAAACUGUCAGCAGAAAAGACUACCUGAACAUUCCCACCACUUCAUAAAAAAAUAGGAUACAGCAAGACAAGAAAAGGAAUUCACAGCAGAUCGAUUGCACACUUCCGUCUCCUUUCGCGUCUGUGAGCCGACUGACCGUCACGCCUGCGUUGACCCUGUUGUAGGAAGCGCCAACGCCCUCUGUGCCCAGGCCUGAACCUGGUGCCGUGCCAAAUAACAAUUUCCGGGACAGCGUCCUCCACGUCCUAGUAAAGAGUUAAUAAACGAAAAUAUUGUCCUAGUGGGCCGCCUUGGAAUACGCCUGCAAAAAAAAUCGGGUCUGAAAAAACCUGGAGCGCGAGUAAUGCUUCCCCCGUUGGUGACGUCACGGCGCUGCGAAGAGUACGGUAUAUAACUGCCAGGCAUCGCUGGUCAUACAAUUGCACUUAUAUUUUGUAAUUCACCGCCUGUUACACGAUAAGUAUAAGAUCAUAAAACAAAAACAAAAAAAAACGCGAAAGAAGCCUUUAGAUCUCUUCGACCCGAGAAAAAAAAAAACACAAUCGGCAGCCUCCCGCGCGGCCACCGAGGUGAUCUCUAUGCGACAGUCAGCUGUAAGCCGUCAGUUGGCUCUGAACCGCUGAGCUCGGCGUAACACCUUCGCCGGAUCCAACACUUUCUCUUUUUCUCAAUCCUUCUCUAAGGCAGGCGAGUGUCACGCGGUGUAGGGAGGUAUCCUGAAUUCUCUUAUCAAAAACGACCCGCGUUGUCAUCACCACGCGGUUUUAACCCCACCUUUCCUUCCCCACAUAUGCGUGAGCCGAUAAGUGAAUUAAUAAGGAAAUUUAAAGAUUUGUGUGUCUUUCCUGAACCAGAUCCGAGGAUUUACUUGAGUGCAUAAAAUAAGGUGUAUGUUUCAACAGCAGUGAGAAGAGAAUUUAUCAAUAUAACAUUACUCUGAUUUAGUUGCAAUUGAUUCUGACAAACAAGAUUAAUUCGUGAGUGCAGAAUGACCACGAGCUCCCAGUCAUAAAAGACAGAACGAGAAAAGUUUCCAUCUUUUAUAGGCAUUCGUAGCUACCAAGAUCCGAAGUCCACAAUGGCACCCAACCUGCCACUCGGCUCCCUGUGGCACGACAGCGACGAGAACACGAGCCGCGAGGCGCUCGACGUCCCCGGGGCGGUACCACAGGUGCCGGAACUCUUCAGCCCGCACCUCCCGCAGCACUUUCAGGACCCUGACAGCCCCAACCUCCACCUGCAGCAGCAGUUCGCACGGCAGAGUGUGCCUCCGGCUUCCAAGCCUCGCCCAAGAUCCACUCUGAGGGCUUUCGUGCCCACUCAGACACCGCCCUCAAGCACAAGCAUUCCUGGCGGAGGUGGAGGCGCCCUCGCGGGCGGAGGAACUGCGGGCGUCGACACUCCUCGCGGAGGCGACACCUCGAGGGUGGUGCCGGCGAACAGCGACACGAGGAACCCUCGCUUCCCCGGCGUGACGCACCUCCGCAACGCCGACGGCAGCGUCCCAGGCUUCCCCACCAACGCUGUGAAAUUCGACGUCAGCCAGAGGACCCCCGCUUCCGGCAGUGCCCCGGGGGGUCCACAGGGCGCUGGCCGCCCCGCGAUUCUCCACGGCCAGGGACCCUCGCUUCCUGAGGGUGUCUCCGUGCCCCCCCCGACGAGGUUCCCUGCGCCGGCACCUGACAGUAUUUCUCCAAAGGACACCAAAGAGCCGAGCCGAAGCGCCGGGGGAGCCGCGGCGGCCGCGGGCGGGAAACCCGGUCCGACCGCGACCAGCCCGCAGGCGCCCAGCUCCACCGCGACGCCCCAGACGAUAGACCCGGGCGUCCUCAAGCUCCCUGGACACGAGCCCGAAGCGCCUGCGGAUCUGGUGCUCAUCCACCACGAAAGGGCCAUCGACGUCCAUAACCAGACGGGCUUCGACGGAAUCAUCGUCAGGGACGACUCCACCUCCCUCACGCCGGAAGGGAAGACACAUAUCUAUACUGAAUCAACCUUGAGAUUAGAAUGUCAGGCACGCUGCAGUAACCGGCUUUUGCAAGUGACACCUCGUGCAGUGGGAGACGUUGAUGUCAGCUUCAUUAAAGCUUCAAUUAAGUGCGAUUUCGACAUCCGCAGUGCGAAGUGGCUCCUUUGUGCCUCGAGAACAGAGGUGGCACUGAGUGGCACUUUGUCAAAGAGGCUUCAUUUCAGCGACAAACGAUCCACCAUCGUUUAUCAAGGCCAGCCAGACAAUAAGGUCGGGAACUAUGUCAUCACUUCCACCGUUCUCGACCUUAUGACCUGA